GCGGCGGCGCGGGAUGAACGGGACGGUCCGGGCUCACGGGAGCACCGGGGCAGCGCUGCCGGCCGGGGCUCGCCCUCUGGUCAGUGCCCUGAUGUUCUCGGCCGGGCUCCUGGGCAACCUCCUGGCGCUGGGGCUGCUCCUGCGGGGCCGCCGCGGGCCCCGGCAGCGCCCGCCCGCGCUGUUCCACGUCCUGGUGCUGGCCCUGGUGCUCACCGACCUGCUGGGCACCUGCUCCGUCAGCCCCUUGGUGCUCGCUUCCUACCACCGCAACCUCACCCUCACCAGCCUGGCCCGCGGUGGCCACAUCUGCCUCUACUUCGGCUUCGCCAUGAGCUUCUUCGGCCUCGCCACCAUGCUCAUCCUCUUCACCAUGGCGCUGGAGCGCUGCCUGGCCUUGGGGCGACCCUACUUCUACGAGCGCUUCCUGAGCCCCCGCACGGGGCUGGUGGCCCUGCCGGCCAUCUACACCUUCUCGGCCGCCUUCUGCUCGCUGCCGCUGCUGGGCUUCGGGCGCUACGUCCAGUACUGCCCCGGCACCUGGUGCUUCAUCCAGAUGCACCUGGAGCCGCAGCAGAGCGACGGGCAGGUGGCGGGGAUGAAUGUCACCUUCUCGCUCCUCUACGCCACCCUGCUCCUCUUCCUCAUCCUCGCCGUGCUGCUCUGCAACCUGAGCGUCAUCGUGAACCUGGCCCGCAUGCACCGCCGCGGGCAGAGGACGCGCAGGGUGGGCACCCCCGAGCAGCCCGGCUGUGCUCGGCGCAUGUUCUCCAUGGCCGAGGAGAUCGACCACCUCCUGCUGCUCUCCAUCAUGACCAUCACCUUCGUCAUCUGCUCCCUGCCCUUCACGAUCCGCGCCUACGUGAACAAAUUCAGGCAGGAGGAGGAUGGCCACGAGCUGGACCUGCUGGCCCUGCGUUUCCUCUCCAUCAACUCCAUCGUGGAUCCAUGGGUCUUCGCCAUCCUGCGGCCGCCGGUGCUGCGCCUCAUGCGCUCGGCGCUCUGCUGCCGGGUGCCACCCGCGGCCCCGGACAGCCGGACGGUGUCCUCGGCCGGGACAAAGCUGGCGGCACGGCCGGAGCUCUGUGGGCAGUAGAUCCAGGAGAUCCCAGCCUCCCGAUGGGCGAUGAGGAAGCUCUGCCUUCGGCCUCACGCCGCAGCCCGGCCCACGUUGGGGUGGCUCAGGGAUGUCACCGCGGCCUCUCGCAGGGAUGAGGUUGGAAGGGUUGGUGAGUCCCUGCAGUGCUGCUGUCGCCCUCAGGGCUGGAGAAGGGCUCACCCCACCCUGCUGGGGGUGAAGUUUGGGGGGUUUUGUUGUAACCCCACGGUUUGGGGGGUGUUGGGAAGCAGAGAUUCCUGUUGGUGUGCUUCCCAGCAAGGUCUCUGUGGGUUUUUUGGGAUGCAGGCAGGGCUGCAGCUCCUGGAGAUGGGCUGCAAACACCCAUCUGGGCCCCCAGAUCUGUAGGGAUUGGGAAGGAGAGGAAGGGAGCAGUGUAUCCUCAAAAUUUCCCCCUUUUUUUAGGCUGGUUGCCUAAAGAAAUGCACUUUUUUAGGGGCAGGUCUGUGUGCUCAUGUCUGUCUGUGCCUCACCCCCGAGAUUUUAGGCACUGGUGGGUCCCUGAGGGGCACCAAAGUACUAAAAAAGCCAAACUUUGGAACUUCCCUGGCACUGCAGCCCCUCCUCAGCACCCAUUUGGAAAUUCGCUUUGCCCCGUGAUUUUUGCAAGAGCCAACAAAAAGAACAAAGAGCCUGACCAGGGACUGGUCACAGCCAUGAGCUUCACCCACAUCCAGGGUGGUGCUGCUGGUGGGGUUUGGGUUUGUCCUUGAUUGGGACAAAUAUUUAUUUAAAAUAAACCCUCCAAAAAUCAAUAAAAGCAAAAAAACAACUGCAAAACCAUCCAGGUCAUCAACCCUGCCCCGUUGGGCAGCAUCCUUCAACACCACUAUUUUGUUUUCUGGGAUUCCUCCUGCUCUUUGGGACUCCAGGAUCGUUCCCACAGGGAUGAGGAGCAUCCAACUCCACAUCCCAAGGCCACCACUGCCAUUAGGGAUGUUCUUGUGGCUCCCAUUUGAGCAGCAUCCAACACACCCAGUGGCAUUUGUGCAAUUCCCAGUGUGGAGUCUCAUUUGGGAGCUGCAGCUCUGCUCAGGGAGCCCAAAGGUGCCGAGAUUUGGGGCUUUUCCGUGGUUUGUGAGUCGAGGUGAUGUGUAAAAAAAAAUAAUAAUUAUUAUUUAAAUAAUAAAUGUCUCUCAAAGGA